UUCUCAUUUUAUAACAAAAUUGUUACUUUACAAUAGAGAGACAUCUAUUAGCUUACUAGCUAGAGUUGCUCAGCCGCUACACCCCUUAUUAUAUAUAUAUACACACAUUGAUAUAUAUAUAUAUAUUAUUAAUAUUAAUAUUAUAUAUAUCUAUAUAUAUAAAUUAAUAUAAGAUAAGAGAAGAGAAGAGAGACUUCAUUUGUUUUUAGACCAUGCUCACUAUUCAUCAUCACCUUCCUACCAAUUUCCCAAUUUUUCAAAACAAUAAUAUCAUUUGGUACUUAACCAUAUUUCUUCUUCUUCUUCUUUCAAAUCUUUCCAAUUUUUCAUUCCCAACAUCUCAAAUCCAAAUUCCCCAACUGGGUUUUGCUCAAAAUCACUUAUAAUCAUCAAAUCACUAAUCAAAAUCCAAUCUUUAUAAUUAUUAUCAUAAAUGGGAUUAAGUUCAAAACAAGUAGUGAUCAAUAGCAAAGAAAGCUUAAGCUUUGAUCAUAAUUGGAAGAGCCAUACUUACAACUCACCCACCAAUUCUCAACCGCAGCAAAAAUCUCCGGCAAUGUCAUCUCCCGGAACACGGCGGAAUCCGGCAUCGGCGCCGGCGCCGGCGCCGGAGCAACUCAAGUGUCCCCGGUGUGACUCAUCAAACACUAAAUUUUGUUACUACAAUAACUACAACAAGUCUCAACCUAGACACUUUUGUAGAACUUGCAAAAGGCAUUGGACUAAAGGCGGCACUCUUCGAAAUGUUCCGGUUGGCGGCGGCCGGAAAAACAAGCGCCUCAAGAAAUCAUCCGCCGCCACAGCCACCGCCACUGCCGUUGCCGCCGCCACAGCAAACUCAGAUAUCAAUUCCACUGUUUUGUUCAAUGAUGAUCAUGAUCAGAAAACCAUAUCUGAAAUUCUUUACCAAGCUGUUAUGGUCCGGCCACCUCCCCCGCCGUCCACGCCGGCGCCGGCGCCGGCGCCGGCGAGUGAUGAAUUGAUGGGUUUUAAGAGCUCAUUCUCCUCAAGUAGUACAACAAGCCCAUUUGAGUGUUUUCCAAGCUCAUUUGAUCAAAUAAUCACAACAGCAACAACAACAAAUUAUCAUCAUGAAGAUCAAUUCAAAGUACUUAUGGCUGAGUCAACGCUGAGUCAACCAUCACCACAACCACCAUGGCUUGAAGCUUCAACAAGUAAUAAUCAUAAUAAUAAUAAUAAUAAUGAUGAUAUUAUUAUGCCAAGUUACUUGAAUUGGGAUGAUGACAUAGAUACACUUGUCUCUAGUGAUCAAAUCAAUUUGUCAUGGGAUUAUGAUGAUCAUGAUCAUCAUGAUGAUUCUCAUUUUCGUCACAACAAAAAUUCACUCUAAUUAUAAUUAUUAAUUAAUGGGGUUGUGUUUAAUUAAUUAAUCUCUUUUAUUGAUUUUAAUUAGUAGGGUAUUAUUAAGUAAAUAUGUUUUUGUUUUGUAAUAUAUGUUUGAGGCUGUAUUUUUUUUCAGCUUCAAGCUUUUUUUUGCUACUAAUUUCUGUAUAAGAUAUUGUCCCAUUUUGUAA